AAGAAGCUGCUUCUCUUAUCCAUUUUGUAGAACAAUACAACUAUUUCAAUAGCUUAUCUGUUUCAGUUUCUUCACUGUGAUGAUAAAGCUUUGAUUCCACACUUCAAAGUUAAAACAUUCAAAGGUUUGUCUAUUCUCUUUUACUAUAUAUUUUUAUGGGUUUGUUCUUUAUUAUAUAGAACAUAAGCCAAAAUUCCAUAGUUCAAUUAUACAAUAAGUAUGGAAGGCUUAUUAAAUUCAUUCCCUCAUCAAACUUGCUUAAAACCAUUUAAUUGUAAUCCUAAAACACUUUAUAAUCUUCCCUUGGUUAAAUUAAGAACUGGGUUAGUUCAAAGAAACUUUAAACUUAGUUGUGCACCAUUAAAGAUUGAAACUUUGGGUGAAGAUGAUGCUGUUAGUGUAGAAUCUGUUGUGGGUAGUGAUAAUGGGGAGGAAAUUAAGGACUGGGAAUUGAAAUUUCUUGGGGAGGUUGAUCAAGCACCUACUAAUAAGAGGAAAAAACAACAGAAGUCUAAGGUGCUUGAGGAAACUGAUGGUAUGGAUUGGUGUUUGAGAGCUAGGAAGGUUGCUCUUAAAUCGAUUGAGGCGCGGGGGUUGAGCGAAAAGAUGGAAGCUUUAGUUAGUGGUAAGAAGAAGAAGAAAAAGAAUAAGAAAAAAUUGGUUAGUAAGAGCAAGAGUGGUAAGAAAAAUAAGGAUUUGGAAGAUGGUUCUGAUUUUGAUUUAGAUGAUGAUGAGGCUGGUGAGGUUGGAAUUGAAAGUGAUGAUGAUGAGGUUGAGUUUGAAAAUGUGAUGGACUUGCCUGGCGGUGAUAUUGACGAUCUUAGAAGGAAAGUGAGUUUGAUGGCAGGUGGUAUGUAUGAAGAGCAAAAGGGAAAGACAAUGGAGGAGUUUGUUCAGAGGUUAUCGCAAUUCUCGGGACCUUCUGAUCGUAAGAAAGAGGUGAAUUUGAAUAGAGUGAUCGUCGAAGCUCAGACUGCGGAGGAGGUUUUGGAAGUUACUGCUGAGAUGAUUAUGGCUGUUGGAAAAGGUUUGAGUCCUUCACCUCUAUCUCCUUUGAAUAUUGCCACUGCCCUUCAUCGGAUUGCGAAAAAUAUGGAGAAGGUUUCGAUGAUGAAAACACGUAGACUUGCGUUUGCACGACAAAAAGAGAUGUCAAUGCUAGUGGGAAUUGCGAUGACGGCUUUGCCUGAGUGCUCAGCUCAAGGUAUAUCCAAUAUUUCAUGGGCAUUAUCUAAGAUUGGAGGCGAGCUACUUUACUUGUCAGAAAUGGAUCGAGUUGCAGAGGUGGCUUUGACCAAAGUGGAUGAGUUCAAUUCUCAGAAUGUUGCUAAUGUUGCUGGUGCUUUUGCUUCAAUGCAGCACUCUGCUAGUGAACUCUUCUCAGCAUUAUCGAAAAGGGUUUCAGAUAUAGCUCAUACCUUCCGAGAGCAGGAACUUGCUCAGGUUCUAUGGGCUUUUGCUUCUCUUAACGAGCCAGCUGAUUCCUUGCUCGAGUCUUUUGAUAGUGUUUUCAAGGAUAUAAGCCAGUUUGAUUGCUGCUCAAAGGCAGAAACAUUGAACUCUAACGAGUAUGACUUCGCGGAAGGCAGUGGAGAACUCGAUAGAGGGAAAGUUUCAGGCCCUCCAGUACUCAGAUUUAAUAGGGAUCAGCUUGGAAAUAUAGCUUGGUCAUAUGCUGUUCUAGGACAACUGAAACGGACAUUCUUUUCUAAUGUUUGGAGAACCGUAAGCCGUUUUGAAGAACAAAGGAUUUCAGAGCAGUAUCGAGAAGAUAUAAUGUUCGCUUCUCAGGCUCAUUUUGUAAAUCAGUGCCUAAAGCUUGAGUACCCACAUCUUCAGUUGGCUGUUGGAGGUGAUCUUGAAGAAAAAAUUGCCCGUGCAGGGAAAACUAAAAGGUUUAAUCAGAAAAUAACUUCAUCAUUUCAGAAGGAAGUUGCGCGUCUUCUUAUCAGCACUGGCCUUGAUUGGGUGAGAGAACAUUCCAUAGAUGGAUAUACUGUUGAUGCUGCUGUGAUUGAUAAGAAAAUUGCUUUGGAGAUAGACGGGCCUACUCAUUUUUCAAGAAAUACCGGAGGACCCUUAGGGCAUACUAUGCUAAAACGGAGGUAUAUUUCUGCUGCUGGUUGGAAAGUAGUGUCGUUGUCUCAUCAAGAGUGGGAGGAGCUCCAGGGCAGUUUUGAGCAGCUAGAAUACCUCCGAAAAAUUCUCGAAGUUCAUCUAGGCGAUAGUAGCAUUAGCCAGUGAUCGACGAAUCUAGAUGGAAAGAACAACAAAAGAUGGAUCAAGGAAUGAAAAGGUGAAAUUCUGCUAUAUACAUAACAAGAGUCAUUGAAAUUGCGAAGCUCGUCGGAGUGACUUUGACUUCAGCUUUUAGUUGUAAUCCAAUCAGUCAUGCAUAUAUAAAAGUGAAUUGAAAUACUGCCAAACUUCAGCACAUCUAGUGUGUAAUCGAGCCAAGCCGAGUUGAGAUAUUGAUAAACUCAAGUUUGUUCAAUUCGCAAAUUUGAAACUCGACUCAAAGUUGAUUAUAUUUAUUUUAGGAGUUUGAGCUCAAGUUCAAGUUAUGUAGAAUAAUUGAGAAUCGAGCUUGAUUCGGUUCAACUCGGUUAUGUAUCAAUUUUUCAUUAUAAAAAUAAGAGUAUUAUUCGAAA